AUGAAGUGGAGCGUCCGCGGGGCCUGCGCCGCGCUCGCCGCCUGCCUCCUGCUCGCCUGCGCGCUCAGCGCCGCCGCCGUCGGCCUCCAGUGCUUCGCGCUGGGCUCGGAGCUGCGCGGGGAGCCGUUCCGCCUCGGCGCGGCCGCCGGCGCCUUCUACUCGGGGCUGCUGCUGGCCGCCGGCCUCUCGCUGCUCGGCGCCGCCCGGCUCUGCUGCGGGCCGCGCGCCGCGCCUCCCGCGGGGCCGGGCCCGGGGCUCGGGGCGCCCGCCGCCCCGGCAGGCGCGCCGGAGGCCGCGCCGGGCGCCGCGGCCGAGCCCGAGGGCCCGGGCACCGGCCAGAACCUGCUCCUGCUCGGCGCCCUGGUCUUCAUGCUCGGGGUCCUGAGCGCCUUCGCGGGCGCCGUGAUCGACGGCGACGCCGUGUCCCUCGUGGAGCGCAAGUACUCCCACUACUGCCUGCCCCCGCGCGCGCCCGCCGCCCCGGCCCCCGGCCCCGGCCCCGCGCCCGGCCCGGCCCCCGGCGCGCCGCGCGCCCGCGCCACGCCCGCCAAGUGCCGGCAGCUCAAGGACUACCAGCGCGGCCUGGUGCUCUCCACCGUCUUCAACGCGCUCGAGUGCCUGCUGGGCCUGCUCAGCCUGCUGCUGGCCAAGGCCUGCCGGGCGGCGCGGGCCCGGCGCGGGCGGCGGGGAGGCCGGGCGCCGGCGCGGCGCCGCGGCGGCUCGGGGCUCCGCGCGCAGCCGCCCGCUCCCUGGGUGCGGAGGGGCCGGCGCGGCCGGCGGCUGCAGCAGCAUCGCCCGAGCGAGGCUUCCAUCCUGGCCCCGGAGGACUCGGACGCGGCCGCGCCGGGGGACUGCGCGGGCUUCGCGGCGCGCCACGCCGUCUCCUACAUCCACUUGGGAGUCAUCCGCGCGUCGGACGAGGCGGGCGUGGAGGUGUGCUGCGGCGGGCACCCGUCCGUGGAGCUGCCUGGCUACGCGCCCUCGGACCCGGACCUCGACGCCUCCUACCCCUACUGCUGCCGGCCGCCCCGCGAGGCGGCGCGUCCCUGGGAGCCGAGCCGCGCCUGCUGA